AUGGGCCAAGGAGCCUCGAUGGACGCCAUGGCGGGACACUCCCUCGACGACAUUGUCAGCCAAAAUGCAAAACUCAUGCGAAGACAAAGCAUGCCUCAAAGCUUCCACUCGGCACAGCAGCAGCAACAGCAACAACAACAGCAGCAGCAGCAGCAAGCACAGGCGCAACCACAGCAGGCGCAGCCCAUGGACACCGACGACCCAAGACGCAUGUCUAUGAUGGAGUUUACCGGCACUUCGCCCACUGGUCCUCUGGAAGCAUACCAAUUCAGCCUUCAGAACCCGGACAUGGUCGACGCCACAGCCUUCAUGGCCGCGAGCCAAUCUCACUCUCACCCGACGCUACAACGCAGACAAUCUUCCACUGGCGGCGUCGGCGGCGGCGGAGACAUGGCUCUCGACAAUGGCUUUGCCCCGACGUCGUCCUUCAUGCCCAUGAUGCCUCCCACUUCAUCCUACCAAUCGCCCGCAAACCUCUCGAAUAUGGACAUGGACCUCAACAGCCCCUACAUCAACACUCCUAUGCACAUGUCAUCCCUCGGUUACAACAGUCCGAAUAUUGAACGUCAGAUGCCCAUGUACAGUCACAACUCCUACCAUGGCAUGAUGAACUCCCCGCUCAACACUUCCGUACCCAACCACAUGUACGCCCAAUCUCCCGACGCUGGCGGAAACCCUAAUCCUCCCAAAAGGCCAUCCCUUGAGAACUCGCAUAGCAGAUCUUCAAACAGUCAGACCAUGCAACCCUCACAUCGGCACUCACGCCAGCCUACACCACAGCGACAGAACAGCAGCCGCCCCCAACAACCGCAAAGGCAGCCCUCUGGCUUUCCUGCGCAACCGCAAAAUCCUCAGCCCGGUUCGCGUCAGGACGUAGGCAUGGAUCGAGGUCGACAUGGAGAUUCAGGAGUAGGUCCUCAACCUGAUGCUUCAAGGUAUAAUCCAAAUAACCAGAACUUCAAUUGGCCCACACCUGAAGGUGGAUGGCCAUCCACAAUGACUGGUAAACCUCAUAUGCAUUCCCAAUACAAAAAUGCCUACUCUUCGACAGGUUUUGAUAUGCUUGGUGUCUUGAUGCGCGUCGCCACUCGAUCGAAUCCGGAGAUUAACAUAGGAUCUGUUGACCUGUCGUGCGCUUUCGUCGUAUGCGAUGCAGAGAAGGACGAUUUUGCAAUCGUGUAUUGCUCAGACAACUUCGAGCGACUCACUGGCUACACUAGGCAUAUGAUUCUUGGUCGAAAUUGCAGAUUCCUGCAGUCACCGGACGGAAAUGUCGAGGCUGGAGUGCGGCGCAAAUAUGUCGACGACGAUUCAGUGCUUUACCUCAAAAACAUGAUCAACCUUCGACGAGAAGCACAGAUAUCUCUCAUCAACUACCGACGAGGCGGCCAGCCCUUCAUGAACCUACUAACAAUGAUCCCGAUCUCAUGGGACACUGAUCAGGUCAAAUUCUUUGUUGGCUUCCAGGUUGAUCUAGUGGAGCAACCGAAUGCUGUCACUGACAGAAAUCCCGAUGGCACCUAUUCUAUCAAUUAUCAAAGAGGCAUGACCAUGCCGCGAUACGUCAUGAACGCACCCGAGUCGACCGCCCACAGAGGAGAGCUUGGCCAAACGAUACCGAGAGACGACGUUUCUGCUAUCCUCAGCACAAUAGGAAGUGGAGAGUCUGAAUUCGCCAAACGGAUGUGGGACAAGGUGCUUCUCGAAAACACAGACGACGUUAUCCACGUUUUGUCUCUCAAGGGCCUAUUCCAGUGGAUCUCGCCCUCAGCAUCAAGGGUACUCGAGUACGAGCCCGGAGAGAUUAUCGGCACGGCACUGUCAUCAAUCUGUCAUCCUAGUGAUAUCGUACCGGUCACGAGAGACCUCAAGGACACUUCUACUGGAGCCUCAGUCAACGUUGUCUUCCGUAUACGAAGGAAGAAUAGUGGUUACAUGUGGUUCGAAGGCCACGGAUCGCUGCAUACCGAGCAGGGCAAGGGCCGCAAAUCCAUCAUCAUGGUCGGAAGAGAACGACCAGUUUAUGCACUCAGCAGAAACGAGCUGACUGGAAACAAUGGUGUUGGUGAGAACGAACUCUGGACCAAGAUGUCGACCUCAGGCAUGUUCCUGUUCGUGUCAUCGAAUGUCAGACAGCUACUCGACCGCCAGCCAGACGAGCUUGUGGGUGUGAGCAUCCAGUCUCUUAUGAGAGCCGAUUCCAAAGCGGAGUUCGGACGUGUUUUAGAGCAUGCACGUACCGGCAAGAAAGCAUCUGUCAGACACGAGAUGAUCAACCGCCGCGGACACGUCCUCCAAUCGUUCACGACACUUUACCCUGGUGAUGCUUCAGAAGGCCAGAAGCCUACAUUCAUCGUUGCACAAACACGUCUCGUCAAGCAUCAAAGAGGCAAUUCAUCAUCACGACCGGCUUUGAGUCAACGCGGGUCGGAGUCUGUGAUAUCAGGCAGAUUCACGCCUGCCACGCCGAUGCUUAUGGGCGAUAAUACACCACAGUCACUGACCCAAUAUCAAUCUACAGAUGGCGCGGCCCCUACGUACGCAGGACAGAAUGGACUUCUGCUCGGCCGCCAGGACGGUGCAUUGGCUUCAGAAGAUAAUCUGUUCGAUGAGCUAAAGACCACCAAGUCAUCAUCAUGGCAGUAUGAGAUUAGACAACUGGAGAAGAAAAACCGUAUGCUAGCGGAGGAAGUGCAGUCCUUGAUGGCUUCGAAGAAGAAGCGAAAGAGAAGAAAGGGAGCUGGACAGAUGCAGAAGGACUGUGCCAAUUGUCAUACCAAAGUCACACCGGAGUGGAGGAGAGGCCCAAGCGGACAACGAGAUCUUUGCAACAGCUGUGGUCUGAGAUGGGCCAAGCUGGUGAGUCAAUCGGCAACAAAUUCACGAGCAAGUGCGGAUGGUUAA